AUCGGACACGUGACACAAGGUAAACACUGGACACGUCGCCUCUGGUUGACACCUUUAGUUCUCACUCAUUAUCAUUUAAUAAAGGUGCACAGAUGGGAGUUUGCAACAGCCUGCGGGACUUUAUUGGCAGCAAGCCACCGCUGGUAGUAUUUGCUGCAAGCAUUGCAGCAUUUGCAGUUGCCCUUGUUGGUGUGUCUCUGUAUCUACAGGGGCAUAAGACACAAAUUCUAAACCCAGAUAUAAAGGACUGGAACAGUUUCUACACAACACUAUCAGACAUGAAGAUAUGCUUUCCCGAGAAUGGAGCAUCAAAAGUGACAAAGUUGAGGUCCACCCGUGAGCUUCCACCCUUAGUAACGCUGCUUCCUGAGACAAGUGUUAAUGAGACUGAAGCUAAUGUUACAGUUAGCAUACUAGCAGAUGUACAAGUGGAGAAAGAUGGCAACCCUGUAGUAGGAAUAGCACUUCACUCCUCCUUGUCUGCCAGAUUUCUUGGUUUCAAGAGAGAUCCCAGUGAAUUAGAAGUAACAAUUGAAUUAGCUUCCAAGAAAGCCAAGAACUGGACUGCCUGUAUGUUGCUGUCAGGUCCAGCUCACUUGCUUCCAGACUCUCCGAUCACCCCCUCCAACUGUACCGUAUCUAAGGACACAAAGACAGUUGAAGUAGUGAUGGCUCAGCCAUGGCUGGUGCAAGAGCCAGAAGAGUGGUGCACCGUGGGUGUGGAGGGCAACCUGAUGGUAGCUGCUCAACAUGAACUCAAUGUUUAUCUGUCAGAGGGAGAUGUUACACUCAUUCAAGUGCAUAUCCUGUACACCACUUGCCUUCUGUGUGUCAUGAUGAUUGUCCUUAUGUUUUACUUUGUUUGUGGAAAGCAUUCAAGUUCUAGAAGCAAGACGUUGCAGGCACCUGACAAAGUACCUUUGCAUCCUUAGUUGCCAUGCCAGUACUGGAUGAUGAAUCUGGAUGUUCAGGAUUUAUUAUCAACAAUAAGGGCCUUUGAAAUGCUGACAAAGGAAUGUAAGUUAUGGGUCUGAAGUAUUAAAGUAAUGUGUUACAGUUAUAGUUGAAUAACAUAAGAUAUUAUGAUUAGACCUAAAGAAAAAUAGCUUGUGUUUGCAUUAAUGUGACAAAAAAAAUUAUGAUUGAUAGGUAGAAUUUUUUUUCUUAAAUACUUGUAUACAGUAGUUGCAAUUUCACCUCAUGUUGCCCAAGAAGGUGAAUUCUGGUUCAAAAUUAUAUACUGUAUUGUCAAUGAGUUUUAUAAUGGGCUUUGGGAGAACCAUUUUUUCUUCACUUACCUUCUGGACAUGAUCAUUGGUGUGUGUCUUACUUAAACAUUCAUAUAAAAAGGUUAAGAUUGCUUUUUUUUGCUGGGGGUUAGUCAGAUUACUACAGAUGCAUCAUUUCUGCCAAUGCCUUAUAAUUGCACAUGUGAUAAAUAAAUUACUGGAAGUUGAGUCGGAUAAGUCUUGCAGAAAAGGAAAUGAGAAUGUGAUGUUAAAGAAAAAAUUAGUAACUUAGUACUGAAGAUAAUGAGUACAGUACAUUACUCAAGAUCAUAAUUAUGAAGUAGCACUUAAGUAUAAUUAGCCUUAUAUUUGUUUAAUUAAAAGGCACACCUUAGAAAACAAGUACUGUUUGGUAAAGAUUAUCAUCAUAGAAACAUGGGAAUCGGUCAUAGAUCAGCUGGUUUGGAUAAAUGUGAAUAUUUACUAUGAGUUGCCUUCUCUUGUUUAUGGUUGCCUCCGUAAGCCAUUAUUCACCCUUGCACCUGCUUAGUGUUCUGUUUUAAAGUUCACAGUACCAUUCACGGUGCAAUUUUCCAUUUUAUAUCUUGUAUUACUUCCAUUUGCUUUUUUUCCCCUAUCUCUAUAUUUGUACCCUGUCCUUGCAUUCUUACUUCUCUUUUCCCAGCAGUGUACUGGCCAGGGCAGCUCAUUAUUUUUUCACACUCAUACUUCUCAGCCUAAUGAGUGGCAGCUUCCUCCUUAAUUUUAUUGCAAUAUUUGCAUGAAAACUCUAUUGCAAGUGUUGCUCAUAGAUGUUCAGUUCAACAAUGAAGUUGACUGAAAUUGAUCAGUAUACAAAAUCUAGUUUAAAUAUUUACUAACAGUGUUGAUUUCUUUGAUAACUGGUAUUGGACUAUAGAUUUUGACCUCUUGGUUACUGCAAGUCUGAGCCAUCAUGUUAAUGCACACUGGCAACACAGUAUAUAGUUCAUCUUAAGUGCACAUUUUUCAAGUGAAAUGAAAAACCACUUGGUGCUUUCCGACUACGAGCUACAGUAUCUGUGAAAAGUGUAAUUCUUCAUUUGUAGUUGGUGUCUUUUUAUUUUUUAGUGAUAGCAUUAACUUAUUUAAAGGAAAUAUUUCUCUUCGGUUCUUCUUAGCCUAAGCAUUGGAAUUACUGUAUAUGUCAUUUGGGGGACAUACUUUUAAUAGUGGAGAGUUUUUUUGUUUUGUUUUUAGUACAUGCCCAUGGUGCUCCCCUGUUUUGAUGAUUACUGUAUGUUUAGUAAUAUAUAUAAGUGAUAAUUUCAGUCAAUAUAGUUUAUCUAGGUGACUGAUGUUGUUAGAUAUAUAGAAUACCAUCAUUUGUAAAUUUAUGUAGUCUGAUACUAUUCUUUAAAAAUCCUUAGAUUAUAAGUAAAUAAAAUUGGUAUUUAGGGAUUGCUGAAUAUUAGAUAGGGUUUUUAUGGAGAAUAUUGGUCGUAAAAGUUUUAAACAUUCCAGAAAAAAGUAAUUGUUUUCUUUUUAGGAUUUUGCUGCACCUUCAGACUAAAAACAUAACCUAUAGAUCCAAAUGUGUGCUAUUUUGUUUGCAAGUCUGUAAUCAUAUAUGUAUAGUAUUUAUAUAAAAUAAUUAAUUUUGAGAAAGAUAAAAUACACAUUGUAAUGGUGUUAGUUGGCAUUAGGAAGGCAUCCAGCCAUAAAACUUUGCUUCAACAUGCUUGAUGGCAGCUGGGUCACCAGAGCUGUGCCCAUCCUUGGUCUUUCCUGGGUUGGUGUCCUGGGUGAGCUGGGUGGGGGGACAUCCCAUUCUGGUUUUAUCCAACAGCUGCCAUCAGGUAAUCAUGGCAAACCAAGCAGGUGUGGAAAAUGGCCAUAAAAUGUUGUUGUUGACGAUGAUGAUGAAUGGUGUACUUUUAUUUGUAUGUGUUAUACAGUAUUGAAUGAUUUUAUAUAUAAAUGUUCUUCUGUAGUGAUAAAUACAAGUGUGUGAGUUCAGUGACGCUGGCCAGUGAGAUUCAAGAGACAAGUCCAGUGCAUCAUCUGAGACUGUAAUAUACAGUACAGUACUGUGCAUGUACACUGUUCAGAAUAAGGAAGUUCAUUUGUCUGGUCAGAUUAUAUUGUGUCCUACUGUAUUUUCAUGUUCUGUGUACACUACAGGUAUAUAUUAGUAACACAGUCACUAUUUUUAAAUAGAUUUUGAGUUGUUCACUCAUGUAAUCAAUUUAUUUUAAACGUGCGGAAACUGAAAUUUUAUGAUUUAUUUUCUAAAUUUAUUUCUGGUACAUUUUUAAUUAAAACUUAUAUAAAUUGUUUCUUGAUCUUGGUUAUAGAAAACAAAUGCAGUACAGUAGGUUUUAGGUUAUUGGGUUAUUUAGUAUUUUUUAAACCAAAGAACCCAUGUGUCUGAAACAUAUAUGAUGACACAGUAACUUGGGAGUGCACCUUGGCACAUAAACGCACCAAAAGUUUACGGGGUUGGUUUGUGAGGUUUUAGUAGUCAUAUUUAAUGAGGAAGGGGAUUGGGACUUAGGCUAGUACGCUCCUUCAUUUAGUAUUUGAUUUGUAUUAAAUGUAUUAUUAUGGGUCGGUGAAACUGGGUUGUGUGAGGGAACGGAUUGGAUGUCUCGGGUGUGUUGUUGUGGAAGCAGAGCAAAACUGUUAUGGCACUGUGACAAAGUGAAUGACAGUAAAUGAAGGAAGAAUCUGUGUUUGCUGCUAUAAUUCUGCUCUCAGAGUGAAAAAUAUAUGAGUGAUUCGAAGUCAUAGGCAGUUAAGUGGGUUAGGAUGUUUACUUGUAAUGGUUAACAUAAGAGCUCAGUACUGCCACCAACAGAUUAGCCAAUUGUUUCUGAUAUGAAAGGGUUUUUUCACUAGUAAUGAGAAAAGAAGCAUAUGGAAAUUUUAUUUAAGUUUCUCUAUUUGUUUAGGAAAGAGAUGAAAAUUUCAUUCAAGUCGAUUCUUUGUUUUGAUCAAUUUCUCUAUUGUUUGUCUUUAUUUGUGUUGCUAUGAUACAUCACCUGCUGAAUCUGAUGGAGUAGAUGACAGUGAGUUGAGAUGGUCUUAUGUGGUUUUUUAUUUAGCCUCCAGUCAAGUUUAUCUCCAAUGUCAGGGGUAAAAUAAAUAGUCUCACAUUGCAUUUGGUGGCUCAGUAGUUCCAUAGUGUGAAGCAAAUGUGACAUUAUACAAGUAUAGCAGAGUUUGAAAUUCUUUUGUCACUACACAACAGAUUUUUGCUUCUCAUUUUUCAAAACUGUUUUACCCAAUGAAUGCUUAACAAGUGACUUUCCGUAAUGACCUGUGAAUGCCAUAUCCUAAAAGUAUGCGGGUGUAGGUACUAAAUGGGCAUUUUUUAGUAUGAACACGACACUGUUUGUGUGUAGGAUUGGCUGCCUUGAUAUAGAACAUGAUGAACCUUUGAAUUUCUCAUUGGCUAUGUAGUGUUAUUAUGUUGGCCAGGAGAAAACAAACUAGGACAGGAGGCUGGCAGGGAGAACUAGGUAAAUGCUUUCACUCCUCAGAAAAAGUUUACCAGUAAGUCAGUCAUAAAAGGCAGGUGUAGGAUUGACUGUGCAUCCAGAAAUAUAGCCUAGAAUGAGGUUUAUAGAACUAUAUACUGUAUCUCUUAAUAGACAACUGUGUUUAUUUUUGUGUAGAAAUAUUAUGUAUAUCAUGUGCUACAGUUCUGAAUUAAAUCUUUCUAAAGGUUAUAUACAGUACUACAUUUGCUGGUGAGACACUAUGAUUGGAUAUUAUGACACGUAUUAUGAUUCUGUCACUUGUAUAUAUAUAUAUAUAUGACAGGUUGUUAUGUUUUUCAUGUUUAUAUUUGGCAGCUGAACUUGAAGUUUUGGGAGUCUGGGCAUUUGUAACUACAGUAAUAGGAUUUUCUUAAACACUUCAUCAAAAGUGCUUCACAACCCUUAGCAGUUGAGGUACCUAAAUAAAAAAAAACAGUAUUGAACACAUAUAUUGGAUGUUGUAGGGCUGGUUAUGGAAGCACUAAUUCAGAGCCAAAUUUUAAUUCUCAUGAUAUUUCAGUACAAUACAAUCUUCUUCAGUGAUAAUAUUGUACUGAGGAGAAUGUUGUAAUGAAACCUUAGUGAAACAAAAUUUGGCUCGCAUAGUGAUUCCAUAAUGACCCUUUACUGUCUUAUUUAUUAUCUUGAACCGACUGGUCUGGAACCCACAACCUCAAUUCUGUUGUCACUGUUCAAGAGUGGUACAUUAUUUUUCAAUUUAGUGUUAGAUUUAGACAUUUUUAUCUCCAGGUCAUUUCCAGUGGUUUGUUUUCAUUAUAACAAGUUUCAGAAACUAUUGCAUUGGAUAUAUCAUUAAGAAAUUAUAGCUGUGUCCAUGUGAAUGUAAACAUGUAUUGACUCUUAUUCCGAGAAGUGCUAUUUUGUAUACAGGUGCUCCCCGACUUACGACGGGGUUAGGGACCCAAAUCCAGGUCGUAAGUCCGACAUAGAUAAAAAAAUGAAUAAAAAAAAUUGAAAUAUUUAAAAAAAAAAAAAAUUUAAAAU